AUGACUGUCAGGAGCCUCUCCUACAAAGACUUUAUGGACCCCCCCCCGCCCCCUUGGCUGGGUCAGGCGCCUUUUGUGGGCUCCUGCAGCUGCAAGUAUGCCUCCAGCCCAACCCUGACCCUGGCUCUGGCUGCCACUGACGACAGGUCUGCCUCUCCCACUGAGCUCUCUAAAGGCAGGGACGGGGUCGGCCUCGUCCCUCACUGUUUCCACCUAUCCCACACAGGGACUGGCACAGAGUCGGUGCUCGCUCUGGACUCCCAGGAGCAGCAGGACCUGCACAAACAAAGCCCUGGACACGGGGCCGCCCCCGACAUGUUCUGGACCCUAAACCUGACUCCCAACAUCCAGAUCCUGGGGACCCUGGAGUCUGGCUCCCCCAAGAUCCUAACCUGCACUGUGCCAUGGGCUUUGCUCACCCUUACCCUAUGGCUCGAGGACCACGGCACCAACCUCACCUGCCAGGUGACAUUCCCUGGAACAGGUGUGACCAUAGAGAGGACCGUCCAGCUCAAUCUGUCCUCUCCUGGGGAUCAAGGACCAAUCCCCACCCAUCCUCCUCCAGUGGAGAUUGAAUCCACUGUCAUAGGGAAUGGUUCAUCACUGCAUAUCCAGGAGGGCCAGUAUCUGCGUCUGGUCUGUGUCGCCAGCAGCAACCCCCCUGCCAGGCUGAGCUGGGCCCAUGGAAGCCUAACCCAGAGCCCCUUGCAGCCCUUGAACACUGGGGUCCUGGAGCUGUCUCGCAUCCGUAUCAGGGAUGAAGGAGAAUUCACCUGUCAAGCUCAGCACCCUCUGGGCUCCCAGCACAUCUCCUUCAACCUCACCCUGAAGAGUGAGUAUGUGGGGGGCAACCUGAUUGAAUUCUGGAAAAACAGCCCCCCAGACCACCUUCCCCAAGAUGUGGCCACCUCCUUCUCGGAAGACGAAGAAGAUAUCCAUUAUGCUUCCCUCGUAUUUAAUGGGAAGGAGCCUGGGCAGGAAGCCUUCGACAAUGAGUACUCUGAGAUCAAGAUCCACAAUCCAGUGGCCACAAACAACCCGGCUAGAAAAGUGCAAGAGGAGACUAAGGGCCGAUUCCACCUCAUCGGAGACCCACAGAACAAUAACUGCUCCCUGGACAUCAGAGAUGCCAGGAUGGCAGACACGGGAUCAUACUUCUUUAGGAUCGUCAGAGGAACUUAUGUGUUAUAUAAUUUCAAAUCUAACCCGCUGUCUUUGUAUGUGACAGCCCUGACACGAACACCCGACAUACACAUCCAGGGGACCCUCAAGUCUGGCCACCCCACCACCAUAUCUUGUAAGGUUCCAUGGGCCUGUAACAGGGGGACACCCCCCACCUUCUCCUGGAUUGGGGUUGCCGUCACGUCCCCGGGCGCCUGGAUUGGGGUUGCCGUCACGUCCCUGGGCUCCAAGACUCCUUACUCCUCAGAGCUCACCCUCACCCCAGAGCCACAUCACCACGGCACCAACCUCACCUGCAGAGCGACCUUCCCUGGAGCAGAUGUGACCACGGAGAGCACCGUCCUGCUCAAUGUGUCCUAUCCCCCCCAGCUGUUUGGCCCCUCCUGCUCCUGGGAGACCAAGGGUCUGCACUGCACCUGCUCUGCCCGAGCCUGGCCAGCCCCUUACCUGUGCUGGCGGGAUGGGGACAAGCUGGUGGAGGGGAACAGCAGCACCUCCUUCAUGGUCAACUUUUCCUCCACUGGGCCCUGGACCAACAGCUCAUUGAGCCUCAGCACAGAGCUCAUCUCUGGCCUCAGGCUCAGCUGUGAUGCCCAUAAUGCCCUUGGGAACCAGAGUGUCACUGUCCUGCUGCUGCCAGGGAAACCAAGGACCUGGUCACAAAUAGCUCAGGGCAUCACCUGGGCAGCCAGCAUCACUGCCCUGCUAACUCUCUGCCUCUGCCUCAUCUUCUUCACAGUGAAGGUCUACAAGAAGAAAUCAGCUGAAGCAGCAGCGAGCAGGGAUGACAUCAAUCCUGUGUUGGGUACCUCCUCCAAGGUUAUAACCUGGCACCAGGUUCUCCACUACCAGAUGGGCGUCACAGUGGUCAUGGGAAAGGCUACUUACUUGCAAGUUAGCAAAGGAGAAGUAUAA